UAAAGCCUGGGCGCGGGGCGGGGCGCCGAAGCUCCUGCUUAGGGCGCUGCGGCCAGAACCUCGGCGCGGCCUGGGAGCUCCCCUCCUGGAUUUCUCCCGCCUGCUGCCCCUUAACCUGCCUGCCGGCCACACCCUCACCCGCUGCUGCUCGGUAGCCUCAUGGCUGCGACCUGCGAGAUCAGCAACGUUUUCAGCAACUACUUCAGUACGAUGUACAGCUCCGAGGACCCCACUCUGGCCUCUGUUCCCCCUGCUGCCGCCUUGGGGGCCGACGACCUGGCACUGGCCUUGAGCAGCCCGCAGAUGCCCCUGGAGGGCGCAGAGAAGGCCAGCUGGUCAGGGGAGCAGCCCCAGCUGUGGUCCAAGGCCCAGGUCCUGGACUGGGUCAGCUACCAGGUGGAGAAGCACAAGUAUGAUGCCAGCACCAUCGACCUGUCCCGCUGCGACAUGGACGGGGCCGCACUCUGCCGCUGCGCCCCCGAGGAGCUGCGCCUCGUCUUUGGGCCCCUGGGAGACCAGCUCUACUCCCAGCUGUGGGACCUCACUUCCAGCUUUCCUGACGAGCUCGGCUGGAUCAUGGAGCUGCUGGAGAAGGACAGCAUGACCCUCCAGGAGCCCCUUGGGGACCAGGGCCCCUUUGAGCAGGGAAGCCCCUUUGCCCAGGAGAUGCUGGAGGACUACAGACAGGCCAGCCCCUUCUACCCGGGCAGCGUGGGCGCGGGAGCCCCCUCCCCGGGCAGCUCCGAAGUCUCCACCACAGGGACAGGUACGUCUCAGAGCUCCCACGCCUCAGACUCCGGUGGAAGUGACGUGGACCUCGACGCCCCUGACACCAAGCUCUUCUCCGGAGAUGGCUUACCUGACUGCAAGAAGGGGGACCUUAAGCAUGGGAAGCGGAAACGGGGCCGGCCCCGAAAGCUGAGCAAAGAGUCCCGGGAGUGCGUGGAGAGCAAGAAGAACAAGCACGCCCCCAGGGGCACUCACCUCUGGGAGUUCAUCCGAGACAUCCUCAUCCACCCCGAGCUCAAUGAGGGCCUCAUGAAGUGGGAGAACCGGCAGGAGGGUGUCUUCAAGUUCCUGCGCUCGGAGGCCGUGGCCCAGCUGUGGGGCCAGAAGAAAAAGAACAGCAGCAUGACCUACGAGAAGCUGAGCAGGGCCAUGAGGUACUACUACAAACGGGAGAUCCUGGAGCGGGUGGACGGCCGGCGGCUCGUCUACAAGUUUGGCAAGAACUCCAGCGGCUGGAAGGAGGGGGAGGUGGCCGGGCGUCGGAACUGAGGCUCAGACCAGCCCUGGACCAAAGGCUCAGACUUGAGGCUGCAGCUCCUCCGGGGAGGCUGCCAGGCCGCCAUUUGGGCGCGUGCCUUGCGCUGAGGAGAGACGUGGAGGUCCUGGCCUCCGGGCUGGCGGCCUCGCCCCUGUCCUCCUCUUGGAAUCACAAGCCUGGGGUGUGAAGUGCGCUGAGCGAGCACCGACUGAAGCUGCGCCUGCGGCUCCUGCUGUCCGGGCUUGGCAGGCCCCUCCGGACGCCGCGCCGGCGGAGGACCGUCCCUCCUGCAGGGCUGCACCCGGCCGAGGAGGCCGGGGCCCUGGGGGCUCUGGGAGGGGCCCCUCUCUCUGGACUGGCUUUCUCCUCCCUGCUCAGUGCUCGGACUCCGCAGGCAGGGGUCAGAGCACUCCCUAAUUUAUGUGCUGUAAAUACGGCAGAUGUACACAGAGGUCUAU